AUGGUAGAAGUGCAGCAGUUUGGCUCCAUAGGGGAACAAGGAACUCAAAUUAUUAUAUACAAUCUAUGGGAUGAUGAUGAAGGAGAACUAGAGCUUAAUUUUGAUGCUGACGCAAAUGAUAUUCAGAUUAGAGGUGUUAACAGAGAUCAAAACAAAAUCUAG